CGUGACCUUAAACAAAAUCAAAUUUAAGCGCGGUUUGUCAAUAUUUUAUUUGACGAUAUAUCAAGUAAAAUCAAAUAUAUUUUGAAAACUGCGAUACAUGGCCGAACCCGAAAUUAAGGAAAAAAGUGAAGAACCUAAAAAAAUAAUUCAUACUUAUCCUCUCAUAAGGCAUUCUGAUAUGUCUGAAGAAGUAAAAACAGAAUCGAUGGAACUUGUAGUUACAGCCUGUGAGAAACACUCUGCCAAUAAUGAGGCGGCCGCUAAAAUGAUUAAAGAUGAGAUGGAUAAAAAGUUUGGCCCACCAUUUCACGUGGUGGUAGGAGAAGAUUUCGGUUUUGAAGUGUCCUAUGAAUGUACAAAUUUAUUAUAUAUGUUUUUUGGAGGAAAUUUGGCAAUUGUAAUAUGGAAGUGUUGAUAUACAAUUACUU